CGGAAGUGACUGCUUGUCAACGGACAUGGCGUGUUUGCUAGCUGGCAGGACGAGUUCAAAGAUGUUUUCUUCACUAGGGCAAACCGAGCUCCGCUCCUGGACUUGUUUUUUCUUCCUGGUGAUUUGUGGGACAUCGUCACCAGUUUGGGCCAAGCCGGAAAGUCUGAGAGAAGUGACGGACGGGAACUGGGAGACGAUCCUGACGGGAGAAUGGAUGAUUGAAUUUUACGCGCCCUGGUGUCCAGCAUGUCAGCAGCUGCAGCCGGUGUGGAAGGAGUUUGCAGACUGGGGGGAGGACAUGGGAGUCAACGUAGCCAAGGUGGACGUGACAGAACACCCCGGUUUGAGCGGGCGAUUCAUCAUAACGUCACUUCCUACUAUUUACCACUGUAAGGAUGGAGUCUUCCGUAAAUAUCACGGCGCUCGCACCAAAGACGACUUCCUGAGCUUUGUUGAUGAGCAGAAGUGGAAAGCCGUCGAGCCGGUCUCGUCUUGGUUCGGACCGUCGUCCUUCUUAAUGAACUCCAUGUCUGCUCUGUUCAAGCUCUCCAUGUUCAUCAGGCGAUGUCAUAACUACAUGACGGAGCAGCUCGGCGUUCCUGUCUGGGGUUCGUACGUCAUCUUUGGUCUCGUCACCCUGUUGGCAGGACUGGCUCUGGGUCUGCUGCUGGUGUUCAUCGCAGACUUCGUCUUUCCCUCGCGGCGCUUUUCUUCUCCUGAUUACUACCAGAAGAAACAGGCGAUGGAGCAGGCCCGGUUCAUCCAGCGCCAGGACGAGGACCAGGAGGCUGACGCAGAGGAAGACGACGACGACGAAGAGGACGAUCGUGACGGGGAGAAGGACGUGUGGAGGAAGAGACGAGGUUCUCCUGAGGGGCGCCCAGAACCUGAAGAGGCUCUGAGGAAGAGGGUGGUGGGCAGCCGUGAGGAAGAGGACAGCUAGGAGUCCGCGAGCUCCUGUCCUCCAGAGCAGCAGUGUUAAAACUCUCCUCCUCCACUCCAUCCCACAAAUGACACCCCCCCCCA